AUGGGUUGGGAGAAACCGGGAGGAGAAAUUGGGGUGGGAUGGAAAAAUGGGGACGGAAAGUUGAAGGGAGUGUUGAGCCAAGGGAGCGUGAUAUCCAGGGGGCUGGGGGAUGGCAAUGGCAGCCUUUCCACAGCAUCCAAAACCUCCCUGGCAGGAGAGGGGAUGGCCUCCCUCAUCCUGGCAAUCCACUUGGGGCUGGGAUGGAUUGCAUUGGCAUCCAUCUCCCCAAGUUCUCUAUGGGACACCCAGGGAGGCCUCCUUAACUCCUGGGACGGGACUGGCGCCUGUGGAGGGGAAAAAGGGGUUGAAGGUGAGCAGGAUCUGGGAUUGCUGCUCAUGAAGACCAGCUUGGGUGCUCCCCGGGGUGGCCCAAUCUUGAUAGGAUGGUCAGGCGUGGUGAACAGAGCUCUUGGCGCAUCUGGCUCUGAGGCCACUGGCUUCUAG